GCGUGUGUGUGGUGUGGCGCGAUGACGGACGUCGUGUGUGUGAAGAUAAGUGCUCAACCAAGAUAUAGCAUUCACUGGAAAAGGUCGCCAGUGAGCCGAAAAAACCUCGCUUCGCAUGUGAAGGUGUCACUGGGCAGCAUCGGAACUCCUUUGCCGAUAACGAGCGAGAGAUUCAUCGGCAAGACAAUCGAGAGAGUAUGGAAGUUGACCGACGCGUUCAUGUACACGUUGAAGUAUUUGGGCGGCUCGCAAGACGAAUGCUCGCAGUUUUAUUACUUCGAGGCGAUCUUCAGUCAGCCAUGUACAGCGUACCCGAUCCCACAAGCAACCGUAUCCGUCUUCUUCAGGAUUGAGGACAAGCACAUUGAGCCUCUGGAAAUACGUGGAGUACCGCGGAUGUGGUUCCGCAUCGAGGGUCAACAGGUAGACCACGACGUGCAGUUUGUAGCCCUAACUGCAGACUGGAUCUUGGCCGUACUCCAGAUGAAGAUGAAGUUGUUCCAGAGAAUUGAGAAGAUCCAACUGUUUUGAU